AUGAAAGAAGGAAAUUAAUAAUAAGAUUAAAGUGAAGUAAAAGUUGCAGUAUAAUUGUUACAAUAAGAAUAAUGCUAAAAUUUUAGUAACCUCGGGAAUGAAUAUUAAAAGCACGUCUCAAAUAUCUAAACACUAAAGAAUGAUUUGUAAGGAGAAAUUAAAGAUAAAAUAAUUAUUUAUUAACAAAUGAAUAAAUCGAAAAUUUCUGAUUAUUUCAUGCAAUUAUAAGGGUAACGAAAUUUGAAAUUCAAAGCUGUUGAAUAAUUUUAUAAGGGUUUCAUGCAAUAUGAAUAAAUUUAUCGUUAAAAUGUAAAAUGUAUUUUUGAAAUAGGACAAUAAUAGGUGAAGGAUAUGUAAAAUGAGGAAUAGAGAAAGUAUUGUAAUUAAUUAAUUAAACUUAGAUUAAUUUAAAUAACUAAUAAAACAUUAGUAAUAGUUUGGAUUAUUAACAGCAUAUAUUCUAAAAGAAAUAUAAGAAUUCGAAUAUAACAGAAUAGAAUUCCUUCAGAAACUAGUCUCGUAAUUAACAAUAGAGUUAGGAAAGUGUUUUCAAUUUGCAAAUUAAAAAAUAAUUGUGCAAAUAUUGGAAUAAGCUAAAGAGGCUUUUAAUAUAAAUUAAUUGUUGACAUCAGAAUAACUUGUUUAAUUAAGAAAUACGCAGAAAUUCCAUUACAAGAAUGAAAUUUCUACAGAAAAAUAUUUAAGAUUUGCUUCUAGUUCAAGUAAAUGUAAUCCUAAUAAUAGUGUCUUCUCCUGAAAAUCUAUUAUAAUAAUCGCAUUUGAUUUUGAAGAAGUUCAAUAUUCAACGAGAUGUUGUUUGGGAAAGAUCAAUACGUUUUGGCAAAGAUUUUUUUAUCAACUACUUUUAUAAUAAUAGUUGAU